AUGGGAAGGAGCGAAUUAUCGGGGUGCUUUUCCCCCACUGCAGACAUUAACCCUUCGUUUCCCUCCCCGUCCAGCGAGGACCCGUGGCGGGCGGCGAAGAUGAUCAAGGGGUACAUGCAGCAGCACAACAUCCCGCAGCGGGAGGUGGUGGAUGUCACUGGCCUCAACCAGUCGCACCUCUCCCAGCACCUCAACAAGGGCACCCCCAUGAAGACGCAGAAGAGAGCCGCUCUCUACACGUGGUACGUCCGCAAGCAGCGGGAGAUCCUCCGGCGGGUCCGGUACAGCCAGGCGGCGAGCGGCGAGGCAGCAUCCUCCGGGGCCAUCAGCCACCACGGCGGCGGUGCCAUGGUCACCACCAGCCAGGCGGUCCUGCAGCAGGUCUCCCCGGCCGGCUUGGACCCGGGCCACGGUUUGGUCUGCCCCGAGGGUCCAGUGAUCUCCGUUUCGGGGGGCGGGUUGCCCCCGGUGAGCACCCUGACCAACAUCCACAGCUUGUCCCACCACAACCCGCAGCAGUCCCAGAACCUCAUCAUGACGCCGCUCUCGGGAGUCAUGGCCAUCGCACAGAGUCUGAACACCUCGCAGGCGCAGAGUGUACCUGUUAUCAACAGCGUUGCCGGCAGCUUGGCAGCUCUACAGCCGGUCCAGUUCUCCCAGCAGCUCCACAGCCCGCACCAGCAGCCGCUGAUGCAGCAGUCGCCCGGCCAUAUGACGCAGCAGCCUUUUAUGGCCACCGUGACUCAGCUGCAGAACUCGCACAUGUAUGCACACAAACAGGAGCCCCCCCAGUAUUCCCACACCUCCCGCUUCCCCUCGGCGAUGGUGGUGACGGAUACCAGCAGCAUCAGCACGCUGACCAAUAUGUCUUCCAGUAAGCAGUGUCCCCUGCAAGCCUGGUGAUGCUCCACACCUCGCUGCUUUUGCACAUAGCAACGGGAUCUUAUUUUCCACACCAUCCCGACGGUGACUCGCGCGCCGAGCCCGGGGAGUCGCCAGAGCGAAGCCCAGCGCUGCAGCGAGGAGCCCAUCAACCCGACACGGGGCCGGAGGCUCAGGACUCCCCGUCGCCCCUCCGCGCCCCGCCGGAGACGAGCCCAGAUUCAUGGGGCGCCCACCCGGGCCCGUGCCCCUCCUUCCAUCCACGCAGUAUUUCCAAGACGUGUCUUGGGGAUUUUUUUCUUAAGUAUUUGCCUUCCAAGAGGCUGUUGGCUCUCCCGAGGAACUAGGAACAAACUGUACUGGGAACUGGCAGAAGGGGAAGAUGGAUAAUAUUUAAGUUAUACUCCUCCACCCGAUGGACUGAGAGGGUCUUGGGUCUGUUACUUGGCAUUUGGAAGGAGGAAUUGCAUGUGCUGUUGAACUGAGCCAAUUGAACUGUAAAUAUAGGUACAGUGUGCUCCAUCCUCACCCUUCCCCACUCUUAUAUAGAGAGAUUUAUAUAAAAGAAGUAAAUUUUGUCCAAUGGAUGUAAACUACUGUAAUUAAGUGCAAUCCCCCCAUCUGUAUAUAUUGUUCCCAAACCUCUUCUCUCUCUCUCCUUUUUUUUUUUUUUGGUAAAGGUCAGAGUUAAGGAUGGUUUUGGUUUUGUAUUUCUCUUUUUCCUUUAAAUGAGUUAAUUCCAAGAGCUGGGCCUAGGCAAGGACGCCGGGGGCAGGCAGGACCAGGCUCUGCUCUGCAGGAGAACAGGCACACGGUGAUGUCCCACGUGA